AUGAAUGGUCGAGGAGGUGGUGGAGGUGGAGAAGGGAUAUUUCACCUUUCUGCCACAGACAAUGACGUGCUAUGGUUACCGUCACCUGAGAAGCGAAUAUCCACACCACCAUUGUCACCGCAAGUUGAACAAUGGUUUCAACCAUCACGUAGUACGACAAUGCACAGUAUCCAAAGCGAGAGAACACACACAUCAUCCACAUCCGCUACAUCAAAGAUACCCUGGAGACAACGAUGGAAAAGCCGAAUUCACCAGCGACUUCCCAACAAACGAAUCAUACGACGUGUACUGAAAUGCAGCUUGGCUUACUUUUUAGCAACGCUAUUUAUCUUGAUCAAACCUGUGGCUAAUGCACUUGGACCAGCACCAUUUUUAUGUGCCACAGGGAUGCUGUUUAGCCAUCCUGGGAGAACCGUAGGUGCACAAGUGGAUACUACAGCGAUGGCAUGUAUGGGGAUUCUAUUGUCAGUUGCCUAUGGAAUGGGUGGUGUUGCCGUAUCAGCUUCUGGACAUCGGCCGUAUACAUGCAUAUUUCUAUUUUGUGGUAUCUUUACAGCUUCUGCUUUACGACAACAAUGGCCACGCUUCUUUUUCUUUUCAUUGCACUUUAUGGUGUUGCAAAUCUUUAUCUUGACAGCAUUGGGACCCAAUUUGAUACUCCCACUAAAAUACGGAAUUCCCAUGCUCAUUGGAUGUGGUGUAUCUCUUCUCGUCAACCUUGUAGUAUGGCCCGAAUCUGCUACCGACAAUCUUGGACGCACGAUUCAAGAGACCAUGCAAAACUGCCGAGAAACGCUGAUCGCCCUUACAGAACAAUUCUUUUUGAGCCCAACAGCGGAACCCAUGGAUCAGCGAUCCAUUGAUCAGCUCGUCGAAAAGAUGCGUAAAACCAUGACCAAGAUGCGUGGUGCCUAUCGAGAAGCAAAAUACGAGAUCUCAUAUACCUAUGUUCGCCCACAAGAGUUGCUGGAAUUACGCAAAGCGCUAGAGCGUAUUGUCAAUCACCUUGGUGCCUUGAGUGGAUCAUUGCGUGCAGAGCGUCAAAUCUUUGGCCGAGAAUACGAUGUCGAUGCUAUUGUCAAGAGAAAUCGAAGACGUACCGACAAUCGACUCAUUUUGUACAAUUAUCUCGAGCGUUUGCGUGACCCACUUACUCGCUUGUCAAAUGAAUGUGCUGAGAUGCUGCAAUACCUUGUGGACGAGUUUGAUGAAGAGAAGCAGGAGAGCAUUAACAAUAGCGACAAGCGUCCUGAACAACCAACGAUCCAUCUGCAGGAUUUUGAUAAUGAGGAGAAAGAACGGAUUUGCUCGCUGCAUCUACGAGAAGAACUUUUUCUUGUGGUCUUUUUCAUUUUCUCUUUACGUCAGGUGGCUAAGGAGCUUGAGACAAUGGCAACAUCAUUCCAAGAGUUGCUUGAAAGACGAGGCAACAGGAAAUCGCUUUACUUUCCCAAACCCAUUAGCAAACGAUGGCUGCUCAAAUACAUCUUUACAAGCAAUUAUCAAAGCACACGUGACAAAGGAGGCUAUACACAUGCAUCCUUGGAGCGCUAUCUACGUCCUGAAGAACAUGAUCAACAACGAAACGCUCGCACUCAAGAGCUUGAUCUCGAACGCAACAUCACACGAGCUUCUAUUGCUACACAACAAGAAAACAGCAAUGCACAACAAGCUAUACCCACAGCAAAGAUGAAGCGAUGCAAACAUAGAGAAUGGGUGCUUCACUUUCGAUACAAGUUGUGGCUGCUGUUGAAACACAUAACCAAGUACGAAUUCAAGUUUGCACUCAAAAUGGCUGUUGCUGUAACAGCGCUCUGUACACCAGCAUUUGUUCCAUGGACGGCUUCUUGGUUUGCACAAGAUCGUGCACAAUGGGCUGCUGUCACCGUAGUAGCUAUCAUGAAUCCCACAAGUGGAGGAACAUUGCAUGCUAGCUUGUGGCGUAUCAUCGGAACGAUUAUCGGCGCUUUAGUUGGAUGGGCAGCAUUAGAGACUGGGCAAGGGAGUGCCUAUGUAUUGGGCCUUUUUGCUGCAUUAUUGGCUAUUCCGUUUUUCUAUAUUCACCUUGGAAGCACCUACAAUAAAGUCGGCAUCGUGGUUCUAAUAACAUACGUCGCAUUGCCACUCGUUCACUAUGCCCUACCAUCUGGCUCGAUAGAAGACUCAAUAUGGAAACGAUUCGCAGCGGUCAUCGUUGGUAUCAUUGUAUCCAUGAUCCUCAACUCACUCGUUUGGCCGUUUCUUGCUCGUCACGCGACUCGUAGAUCAGUCUCAGCUAUAGUGCGACGAUUGGGAGAGCAUUACACAUUUUUGGUUGGCACAUUUUUAUACCACGAUCCACAAGAACCUCCUUCCGAUGCCGAAGUCAAACGCAGUCGUAAGCUGGAAGGCAAGAUUCAAAAUUCCAUCACAGCAACUUAUAUCCUAUUGGAGUUGACAGACCACGAGCCAAGAUUAAAGGGUCCCUUCCCCAAAUUAUUUUAUCAAGAGAUUCUCAAUUCAUGUCAAACUAUUCUGGAUCUACUUGGAUGUAUGCGUUCUACGUUGUUGCAUAUGCCAGCCGUUGUCAAAAGGGAACUUUGCAGUGAAGAGGUCCAUGCCGACCGCCGCGAUAUGGUAGCGGCCAUCAUGCUAUACUUUUAUGCCAUUUCCAGCACGCUUCAGACCAAAAUCCCAUUGCCAGUAUACCUACCCUCGAUGCGUGCAGCUCGUAUGCGACUCAUCCAUCAUCGACGUGAGGCAACAGAUCAGCGUGUCAAAUUCCGUAACAUGACGUGGUAUGCUAUGGCAAACUGCUCAGAGGAAAUUGUUGAAGAACUAGAACACCUCACUCGGUUGGUUCGUUUUAUACUUGGCGAUCCCACAUUUGCUGAGCGUGCGAAACGCAUGGAAGCACCCAUCGCUCUCACUGAAAUCCAUAGCAAUCAUGCGUAA